GCAGGCAGGAGGAGCUGGGCACCAUGAGCCGGGAACUGAAGCAGAAGAGAAGCAGCUUCGAGGCCACCUACACGGCGCUGAAGGAGGAGGCCUCCCGGCUGGAUCAGGCACAGCGGGAGAUGCGGGAGCUGAUCCGGCAGCGCGUGGAGCAGCUGGUGCGGCUGCUCCGGCAGGAGGAAGAGGAGCUGCUGGGACUGGUGGAGGUGCGGCAGGAGCAGGGUCGGCGGGAGCUGGCAAGGGAGCUGCAGCGCGUGGAGGGGGUGCUGCGUCGGAUGGAGGCGGGCGAGCGGCUGGUGGAGAAGAUGAACCUCUAUGCCACGGAGCAGGAGGUGAUGGACAUGCAGCCCUUCAUCAAGAACUCGCUGAAGGAACUGCAGCAGCUGCAGCCGCCGGCAGCCAGGGACCAAGCGCAGCUCGGGGACUUGGCCGAGUGCCGAACCAGGCUGCAGGCGCUGGUGGAGCGCGUCACGGGACACCCAGCUACCAAUUCCCAAGCUGUCCCCAUGGUCGAGGUGUCCCUGGAGAACGAUCUGGUGAGAUGUCCGUGUUUCAUUCCG